AUUAUAUAUACAUAUAUAAAUAACCUAUAUUUUUAUGAGUCGAGUAGACUGAGAUAUUAGUUUUAUAAGAAUAAGCAAUUAAAAUCCAUUUUCAAAUAUGAAGAAUGGAUGAUAUUGGGAAACACGCUCCUUCUUACCAAUUGGAUCAAGAUAUAUUGAACGCUCGUGGUAUAGAUAUGACUGUAGAGGAAGUCGCAGGCUUGCCAACCUGCAAGUACUCGGACCGAGUGCAGUCUCUCAACCUUAGUGAGGAUGAUCUAGCCUUCCUGAAGGGGCUUCGACGGAGGAUUAAGAACAGGCUGGCGUCACAGAACAGCCGACGGCGCAGUGUGGAGCAUCUCCGUCGCCUGACCAGGGAACUGCGGGCGCUCAGGGCUUGUAGGGACGACGCGCUCUCGGAACGGCGUUUGCUGUUAGACACGAGAGCCGAGCUAAGGGAUAGGUUUAAUACGCUCCGGAGUCACGUCGUCCAGUACCUCCAGGAGCGUUCAGAUUAUACCGAAGUACCGAACAUAGAUCACACUAGAAUAAACGUGGACGAAGAUAAAACGGAACAGAACAGACAAACAAACAGGCAGAUAUAUGAAUGUAGGCUCGAUAAGUUAGUUCAGCAGAGCGUCAACCAUGUUUACAGAGAGAAGAUAUGUGCCAAGACUGUGUUUAUUGGAGACGAGGUGCUGGAUCUCUGUGUCAAGAAGAGAAGCCACGGCAGGAAACAGCCCACGCCGAAGAAGGUCGCAUACUGUCCCGAUUACGAUGAUGGCGUCCUCGAUCUAAAAGUCAAGAAGGAGAACCAGUGACAGGAAAAGAGAAAUUAAAUUAGAUAAUACGUGUUAUGAACCAAAAAUGUUAUUUUAUUAUAUUUUGCACGGAAACAAAAUCACAGCUGUCGACCCCGAUUCGGUAGUGGGACCAAUUUAUUAAAAAAAAAAAAAAAGUUUCUAUGCAGAUUUUUUUAUCUGUGCAAAUCUAUAAAAUUAGGGCCUCGACCACUAUACAGAUGUGUUUCCAAUGGAUUUAUAUAUAUAUUUAUGAGCGAUAUACAAAAAUAUAUUUAUUUAUUUGAAUAUAUGUCACUACGGAUAUCGACAAUAGGAUUUACAAAUUAAUUAGUAGAGCUAAUUUAAUUUUAAUACUAAUAAUGGAAUGAUAUGUUAAGAGAGAUAAAAAAAAAAUAACUCCAGUAAUAUAACUUUAUACAUAUAAUUGUAUUUCGCUUUCUAACAAGAUUUUUUUUUUUAAUCAUGUCUAAAAAGUUAACCACCAAAGAGGUUCAAUGUAAGCAGGAGCGUGUUUUAAAUUCUCAUUCCAUAUUUAAAGGCACCAAAAUAGUAUAUAAGCUAAUGUAUGUCCAUAACUAUAAGUUUAUUUCUUUAAAAAAUGUUGCUAUAUAUGAAUAUGAAUUAAAAAUAUUAAAAAUAUUAAAAUUAUUGAGAAUCUCUACCAUUUAUUAAAAUUUUUAUAUAACUGUUCAUGAUUCUUAUAUGUAUGAAAAUUUACGUGAUGUUGACAUUUAAUAAACUGUAGUUACCCUGA